AUGGCUGACGAGGAGAGCCAGGCAGGCCCAGCCAUGGUGGCUGGGGUGCGGUGGUGGCUGGGCUCACCCGUGGCAAUGGGGCUAGCACCAGCUCAAGACGGGUGGCAGCUCGGCGAUGCAGAGGCUGGGGCAAUCUAUUUGCGAUUCUUGGACUACGAGAUGCAGAAUUCCAAUGAAUGCAAAAGGAAUUUUGUAGCUGUCUAUGACGGAAGCAGCUCUGUGGAGGAUUUGAAAGCGAAGUUUUGCAGCACUGUUGCUAAUGAUGUAAUGCUGCGGACAGGUCUCGGUGUAAUCCGCAUGUGGGCAGAUGAAGGCAGUCGAAGCAGCCGAUUCCAGAUGCUCUUCACAUCUUUCCAAGAACCCCCUUGUGAAGCCAACACAUUCUUUUGCCACAGUAAUAUGUGUAUUAAUAAUACCUUGGUCUGCAAUGGACUCCAGAAUUGUGUGUAUCCUUGGGAUGAAAACCACUGCAAAGAAAAAAGAAAAGCUAACUUAUUGGACCAACUUACCAAUACCAGUGGGACUAUAAUUGGGGUGACUUCUUGCAUUGUGAUCAUCCUCAUUGUUAUCUCUGUUAUAGUACAGAUCAAGCAGCCUCGUAAAAAAUUUGUCCAAAGGAAAACAGACUUUGAUCAAACAGUGUUCCAGGAGGUAUUUGAGCCUCCUCAUUAUGAGUUAUGCACUCUCAGAGGGACAGGGCCUACAGCUGACCUUGCUGAUGUUGCAGAUGACUUUGAAAAUUAUCAUAAACUGCGGAGAUCAUCUUCAAAAUGCAUUCAUGACCAUCACUGUGGAUCACAAGUGUCUAGUGUUAAGGGCAGCCGUAGUAACCUCAGCACAAGAGAUGCUUCUGUCUUGACAGAAAUACAACCCCAGCCUGUAAAACCACUCAUUCAGCCCAUGAACAGGAGAAAUAUCCUUGUCAUGAAGCAUAGCUACUCACAAGAUGCUGCAGAUCCGUGUGAGAUAGACGAAAUUGAAGAGCUACCAACCACAAGUCACAGGCUGUCCAGACAUGAUAAAGCUGUUCAGCGGUUCUGCCUCAUUGGGUCUCUAAGCAAACAUGAGUCUGAGUACAACACAACUAGGGUCUAAGAGACAAACUUGAGACUGCUUGAGAAUAGUGCGCUCCUGGGUGAUUUUGAACAUGCUACAAUGAAAUGUGAAACUAUCGUCCUUGGAAACACCAGCUAGAGGUUUUAUGGACUCUCUGACCAGCUAUUCUCAUAUCAUGACAAAAAUCAGCAAACAGUGUUGAGUAAAAUUACUAGAAGGCAAUAAGACUCUGGUUAUCAUGCUUAUCGGUCAUUUAUCUUUUUCUUUUUCUCUCUUCUUUUCAUUGCAAGUUAAAUUCCCAAUUUCAGGAACAAUUUAUUGAAAUCAGGUAUUUAGCUAUUCAUAAUCACUUCAAUAGAAAUGUUUGUUGGAUAAGCACCUAGCAAUAUGACUGAAUUUGACAUUGAGAAAAUAAACUGCAUGUAUGUUACUGAAUAUUUGAGUUGGCAAAAAUCCCUUUACUAGAUACAUUGUAAAAAGCAUGCAUUCACAAUUAUUGAUGUUACUGUUCCAUUUCUGUGUCAUAUGCUUGCUACUUGUAACUUUUUAUAUAAAGAUACAUAAAACAAUGUAUAAUAA